AUGUUUAACUGUGUGUUAUGUGAAAAAGUGUACUCCCAUAAGUGUGAUCUGAACAGACAUUUCAAAACCCACGAUGGAUCAGUGAUUUCGUGCAGGAUAUGCCUCAAGACAUUCACCCGCCGAGACAAACUCAGUAUCCAUGUUCAAAAAUGUCACAAGAUCGUUAAAAACACUCCAGAAUUCCACAGUGCUGUACGAGUAGAUGGUGCAAUGGGUCGCACAUCAGUCAUAAAGUGGGCACCCUCAGCCACUACACCGCAUGCUCAGCCAGAUGUCUUGACUCCGACGGUCAUCUCGUCUCGCAGUCGCCGUGCGGACACAUCUACUCCCCCGCCUCAAGCCUCAUCAUCCGCGCCUCGCACACAGAUUAUCGUUACCCCGCCACCCGCACAGACCACCACGACACGGUCCAACGUGACAUCCCCCGCUACCACAGCGCCAUCGAGGCCAGAUUCGCCAUUGCCGAACGAGGAAGGUGUAGCUUAUACAGAGAAUACUCCUAAAAACAUAAAACGUAAAAAGUCACGCAUGCAAAGGGUUAAUAUGCCGGGCUUUAUCGAAAUUGAAUCUUCGCUCAGCCGCGCGAUUUGGUCUUCUCUAUUAAAAAUAAAUAAAUAA